AUGUCGAGCUUAGUAACGUGGGCUUGUGAUCCAAGUGGAGACAAUAGGGUGAUCCCUGAGGGUGAUGGAACGGUUGCAUCGGAUUUCACUGGGACGAGUGAAGGAGUUGCGCAGUGCCCUGAGGGCUCGGGGUUGUUUAGGUUAACCGUGAUGGGGGCCAAACAACUGCGGGGGUGGCUUCGCUUAAUCUCCCCACUUGUGUUUGUCGAUCGAGGGAAGCCAGAGGAAACAAUGGUGGAGACCUAUGCCUUUCUUAAACAAAAAAAAAAAAGAAAAAAACAAUGGUGGAGACCCUUCCGAGCCCAACUAUCAUCCAGUAGAACCGCAAUCGGACCAUCAUCUUUUUACUUACCUGUGUAG